AGAGUAGUGGAGUGAGAGUGUGAGACACUCACUUAAAUAGCGGCGGCUCAAAGGCGAUGCCAUUGCCACCACCUCGCUCUCUCCUUCCUUCUCCGACCAUCCGCUCCCACUCCGGCGGCCGGAGUCCGGCCGGGAGAGGUCGCACUCAUGGCUGUCUAGCCGGUGAGCCGCUCAUCGGCGGUCGUACGUCAUCGCUAGCUAAGUAGCUAGGGGGUCGAACGGUUGUGGGUUUGAUGGAGGCAGAGGACGAGUACUCGGCCGGGUGCUCCUUCUCCCUCAUGUGCCAGGAGGAUAGCACCGACCUCGACGACGACGGCGGCGGCGGUGGCUGCUUCGCCGGCGACGGCCGCGCCGACCUGCUCCUGGUUUACAAUGCCGCCGCCGCCGCCGACGACGAGGAUGAGGAGGAGGUGGAGGAGUACAUGGACCAUCUCGUGUCCAAGGAGAGCAGCUUCUGCUCCUCUUCUUCUUCUACGUCGUCGUCGUCGUGCUGCUUCUCCGACGCCGGCGGCGAGUCGGCGGCGGCGGCGGCGCCGAUGGACUGGUUCGCACUCGCGCGGCGCGCCACCGUGAAGUGGAUCCUCGAGACGCGAGGGUGCUUCGGAUUCUGCCACCGCACGGCGUACCUGGCCAUCGCCUACUUCGACCGUUUCUGCCUCCGGCGAUGCAUCGACAGGUCGGUGAUGCCGUGGGCGGCGCGGCUGCUGGCGGUGGCGUGCGUGUCGCUGGCGGCGAAGAUGGAGGAGUACCGGGCGCCGGCGCUGUCGGAGUUCCGCGCCGGCGUCGGCGACGACGGCUACGAGUUCAGCUGCGUCUGCAUCCGCCGCAUGGAGCUGCUCGUGCUCUCCACGCUCGACUGGCGCAUGGCCGCCGUCACGCCGUUCGACUACCUCCCCUGCCUCUCCUCCAGGCUCCGGCGACACGUCGGCGGCGGCGGCGGCGCGGGCGCGUCCGCCGCCCUCAUCUUCUCCGCCGCCGAAGCGGCGAGCGUGCUCGACCACCGGCCGUCCACGGUGGCCGCCGCCGCGGUGCUCGCGGCGACACACGGCGCGCUGACGAGGGAGGCAUUGGAGUCCAAGAUGAGCGGCCUCUCCCCAUCUUUCCUCCUCGACAAGGAGGACGUGUUCGCGUGCUACAGCGCGAUGCUGAGCCAGCCAACUUCACCGGCGAGCAAGUCGACGACGACGACGACCGGCAAGAGAUCGUCGUCGUCGUCGUGCUCCGAGUCCACCGACGCCGCGAGUUCAUACGACGCCACCGCCGCCUCCUUCCCGGCGGCGGCGAGCUGUGGCAGCAAGAGGAUGAGGCUGGAGCUGCCGGGAGGCAUCCUCCGAUGAGCGGCGGCGGCGGCCGGGACACGCAUGGUUUUUGUCCGUCGUCUCGAGCACGUCAUCACCAUUUCUCUUCCAAUUUCCUUACAAAUUUUUUUCACUUCUUUGAUCGAUGCAACAGCAUUUGCCAAACAAUUUGUUCUUGGCAGUGCGCUCGCUGAUCGAUCCCGGAUUGGAUUGGCUUGGUUAAAUUAAUCCCAGCAGCACGCGAGAUCGAGAGGAUCAAACAAACAAAAACACCAAAAAAAACACAAAGGAUAUCAAGAUCGAUGGAGCUUGAUCGAGCUUCUCCUAAGGAGAGGAGAAAACUCAAACUGCUCGUGUGAGACAGUGACAGAGUGAGUGAGAGUGAGAGUGUAUCACUGUACACAAGGAUGGAAGAAAAAAAAAACACUUUAGCCUGCACAUUGCACUCACACUGCACUUCCCGGGAAGGAGUCAAGAAGAAGAGAGAGAAGCUGAAGAACAGUGCUACUAGGAACAGUAGCUGCAGAUAAAAACGAUGGGAGUAAUGUCUAAUCCGUCUGCCAGUUCAAUGCAAGCGAAGGAGAGAGCAAAGAAAGCUGUUGCUGCAGCAGCUGCAAGUACCAUGGUCCAUGGCCUUAACUCUGAUUUGAUCAAAAGCCUUCUCCUGCUCAAAGUGAGUGUGUGUGUGUGUGCGCGCGCAUGUUGCUACUAUGGCGGCGCCGGUGCAUGGCUGCCAAAUGCAUGUGGCUGCUACACUGGUUGCCUGUAACCUGUAGUAGUGAGCUACUGCCAUUGUUGUAGCCUUUGCAACUUUGCAUUGUAUUUUCUUGAGUGUGUGUGAGAGAGAUGGAUAAUUCAGACAGAGUUUGUAGGGUUCUUGGUUGCAAGCUUUUCCAGUC